AUGUCUUCACCAGCAAGAACCUUUGAUAGCCCUGCUCGUGCAAAGUUAUCAGAGUUAACCUUCAAGUAUGAAACUAAGCCAAUUAUUAAUCCAAAUCCAGAGCUUGCAAAUAAAUCGGAAGCAGAAUUAACGUUGGAAAAAGUACCUGAUUAUAUACAAACCUUACUUUACGGAAAGUCUAAGGAUAAAAUCCAUGCAUCAUGUAUGUUAAGAAAAAUUAGUGAUGAAAAGAUUUUGAGAAAAUCCAUGGCCAUGAUUAAUAAUUUUAUUGAGGCCAUUUCAGCAAUAUUGGUUAUAGAACAAGAAAAUGAUGCUCAUAAAAGAUGUCAACAACAUGCUCUAGCAAUCUUGGGUAAUUUACUUCUUGAAGAUCCGAUUAUUGAUGCCUUUAUUGCUAAUGAAGAAAAUUGUCUUCCUGGUUUGGCCAAGAUGUUGUGCUCUUCUGAUAGAGAGACUGUAGAAUUAGCAGCAAGAGUAUUGGAUUAUAUGUCCGUUACAUUCCAAAAUCAAACUCUUGUGUGUGGAACUGAUACAAUUUUAUAUGGUAUUGUUCAAUCAUUAAGGUCAUCGGGAAAGAGUUUAAAGAUUAAGCAUCACAUUAUACAAGCUUUGGUUUAUUUGUCUGCCAAUCCAAAGAAUAGAUUUAUGAUAGCUAGAGAAAAUGGAAUCUUUGAUGAAAUUAAUGCCAUGAUUGAUACUCACCACAGAUUAGAUGAACAACAUAACGUUCCAAAGAUGGCUAUGCAAGUUAUGUACAAUUUGUGUUUACUCAAAGAAAAUAUUCCAUUAAUUGCAAAGCAUGGAAUUCGUCAUACAAUCAAGAAGAAGUUAUCAAUUGUAAAAGAGUCAAUUCAAUCUACAAAUGGAGGAGAGAGGCAAUAUCCAGGUUAUCAAAGUGAUUUAUUAAUUUGGAAACUCAGUAGUGUUGUAAUGGAUUUGCUUGGAUUAUUUGAAAGAAGAUUUGAAUCACAAUCUGUGCUUAAUGGUACCGGAUUUAAUGCACCAAUUAUUGAAGUUGGUAAUCAUAAAGCAAGAAGUAUUGUAUUGAUUGAUGAAGAGGAAGAAUCAAAAUUGCCAAAGAACAUUUCAAUGGAUUCUCAAUCCACUAAUGAAAGAAGAAGAAGAGCUGCAGCCAGGAGAAACAAGACCACUGAAGACAUUGUACUUGAUAAUAUUGAAAACCUAAGCCCAUAA